GUUACUAACAAGUCAACACAACUGUAUACUGAAGAUAUCAGCUUCACUGAAUUCAAGGUAACCAACCUCUUGUUUAUAAAUUCGUUGCUUAUCAGCAUAUGAAUAGUAGAAUGACUAGUGGAACAGUUGUAGAAGCAACGGGCACGACAAUCAAAAUGAAGAUCACCAUAUUCAUCGCCAUUGCUUUUUUUGGAUUAGUUUCUGGACAAAUCGUGAGCCACGAAACAGCUCUCACAUGGCCUGAAAAUGACCACGCCCUCGGUGGAGCUAUAGUAGAUUUUGUGUAUGAAAACGUUGGAAAUGGAUCGUGUCAAGUUGUAUUACCGGCUAUGGUCAAUCUUUUCCACGUUAUGAACGGAUUCAUCGUUCCGGAGAGCAGCAGCCCAGUUGAAGGUCUUUACACGAUCAGUGCACCAACCCACUGGAGUUUAGUCAACGGCACAUUCAAAGUUCUCAUCUUGUUUGACCGUGGAUCAGCUUUUGCUCUGGAAGACAUUGUAUUCGCUUGCGAUCCUCUUGCAAUUUCCGACAUCAACGUUUACUCUUUCCCCCAAAACAACUUGAUGGGAGAAGCUAGCUCAACAAUUUGCUACAGAAGAGCUUUCCACGUCGGAGAUGUUUUGACAAUCACUUUCCCAGUUCGAGUCAGAGAAUUUAACGUAAGUUUUUCAAAGACUGUUUGA